AUGGAUAUAGGCAGUCGCCUAUAAGGAAAAAAAGUAGCAGACGAAUUUGGGCCCUGGCCACAACACUGCUGUUGUUCUUUUGCCAUUCCGACGCUUCGACGUUUUUCUCUUAAUUGAUAACUAAGGACGAAUAAUGUUCAAAUCAAUUUUCCCACGGUUAAUAGCCAAUAAGCGAGUGCUGAGCAUGAAUUCGUCAUCAAGGCGCGAAUUCGUUAUCGACGAUCUUAAGGUGCAUCAUGAUACCACCAAGUCUAAAUUCUGUAUCCAGCUUGAUGAUGACAAUGAAGCUAUCUUGGUUUAUGAAAAGAAGAAAGAUAUGAUAGACUUAUAUCAUACUGAAGUUCCAAUGGGCUAUACUGGUAGAGGCAUAGCUGGGAUUUUAGCCAAGGCUGCUUUUGACCAUGCUGUUAAGAAUGAAAUGAAAAUGAAAUUGACUUGCACGUAUUUGCAUAAUUAUAUGCAUAAUUGCUUAAAAGACGAAACAAAAGAGAAAUACUUAAAAUAUGUCGUUGCCUAGUUGAAGUUUCAUUCAUAGAUGGCUCUCUUUUCAAUGUUCCGCGCAACUUCUCGCUUCCAAGUAAAAAAAAUACACUUUAUUUUCGUUAAAAUCAAUAAA